AUGCGCCGGCUUGCUGCCGACCAUGCCGCUUUGCACCGCAAUCUUCCGCCGUACUACCUGCAGCCCUCGGACGGCGAUGACCUGUCACAGCUUACCAUCCUCCUCGCUGGCCCGCCUGGCACGCCCUUCGCUCAAGGAUUAUGGAAGCUCCACCUCAAAAUGCCCGAUGACUACCCAAAGAGUCCCCCAAAGGCAACUUUCAUGACGAGGAUAUGGCACCCGAAUAUGGAAGAGUUGACCGGGUCUGUCUGUGUCGACACUCUGAAGCGGGAUUGGCAAUCUAACCUAACACUUCGUGAUGUUCUGGUCACCAUCUCCUGCCUACUCAUCUACCCCAACCCAGACUCUGCCCUCAAUGCCUCCGCAGGAGCCCUCAUGCAAGAGGACUAUGGAGCUUUUGCAGAGCAAGCCAAGCUUAUGACGUCCAUCCACGCUCCAAUCCCCUUCGAUCUUAAAUCCGCAGUCACCGAAGCGAAGCUUCGAGGUGAAGAGCCGGGUGCUACUCUCAAUGAACAAGAAGAUGAAACAACCAACCAACCCGCACAAACCGGUAGACGCACCCGCGCCGCAUCAAAAAAGACCACUCGCAAAGCAUCGGAGAUCCCACCCCAGACUUUCCACCAACCCACGCCGCCGAUGUCUGAUCCCAUGAGCGAAGAUGAAAACGACCCCGACAGCGCAAGCAAAGAGAACAACCCAUCACUAUCGCCAUCCCCAGUCUCCCUGGUCCCACCAAGCCCCCGCAAAACAGCACUGGGCAAGCGCCCACUCUCUGUCCUCUCAAUUCCCUACCCAGAAGAAGACAGUGACAUGAUGCUCAUUGACGAAGACCCCACCGACACCCAAAUGACCGCAAACGAGCGCAACAUCUCAGCAAACACCCGCUCACGAACCUCCUCCCCUCUCCGCAAAACUCCUAAACUAUCCAUGCUCUGCGACGGGGUGAACGGCCUCGGUCGUUUCCGCGACGAAAUGCCCAUUUACGAAGACGUCCCCCAACUACCAAUGGCAGACCCCUUCCGGCGCCUCAGCGGCGACGGCAAAGAAAACCAUGUCUCCGCCACGCGCAAAGAAAAGCGCCAUCAAAGUCCUUCAAAGACACUCGGAACAACGCCUCUUUCCCCAGCCCAUUCGCAACCGCCCACCCCACAUCUCUCUUCCAUUCCAGACUUUUCAUCCAAAGUCCCAAAGAAGAGAUCGAUGGGCGUGCACAAACGUUCCGCCUCCAAGCCAAAGCCACGCAUUGGAAUCCGUCGUCUUUAG